GAUCGUGACGCCUUCAUCGAAUCGUUCGGUAAACUUCGAAUAACUUCGUCGUCCACUUCCGUCCAUUGCGGACAUGCGCAUUAAUAACGUGCCUAGUCACCGUGCUCCCACGAACCGGGACCGAACUUCACCAGUUCACUUCAACGUUUCGUACUAUUUCCGUCGCGUUUUAAUACUUUCCUUUUUGUAUUAGACUUAUAUUUUUUUUCACUUCUCCAAAUAAUCGCGAUAAAAAAAAAAAUUGAUUUAAUACAAAUCAAGUUUACAUUUAUUCCGAUACGUACUUUAUGUGGGUUUAUUGUUAGUGAUCUCAUCGUUUUGUGCAUAUGGAAUUAAUCGAAAACGGGAUCACGUUGUUGUUAUCGAAUGGAAAGUGACAGCUUUUAGGUUAGAAUCCACGUGUUUAUUUCCGCUUGACGAAAAAGUAGCUUCAAGAGGCCUUCUUUUCAACUAAAAACCUUACGAAACAAGAAACAAUUUAAUAAAGACUUAAUCAAAAAGAGAAUCGGUGCAAUAUUUACGUAUUGGUUAAUUUUUGUUAUUAUCUCAUACAAGAAAAUAAGAAUUAGUUGACAACCGAUCAAUUCGGAUUCGUUCUUUAGUUACAAAUACAAAAUAGAAUUUUAAUUUAAAAAAUGGAACGGGAAUCAAAUCCCAUGCAGGCAUUGUGCAGGUCAGGGUGUGGAUUUUAUGGCAGCCCAGCUACUGAUGGGUUAUGUUCAUUAUGUUAUAAAGAGGCACUCAAAAAGAAACAACAACCGCCAGUUUCAGCUCCAAGUCCUGUUUCUUCAGUCAACAACGCCCAAUCGUUAUCCAGCCUUAUGGAAACGACGACGGCACAACCUACAGUACCCUGCCUACAGACCUCAAUUUCAGUUAGUAGCACGCCAACGUCAUCAGAUUCAUCUAACGAUGAUACGAUAGAAGAUGGUGCCGCUUCGGGCGUAGCAACCAGUUUGGAUGCUACGGGUGGUAAUAGUUCCGAUAAUGGAGAUAAAGACGGCGAUAAGGAUGCUAAGAAAAAGAAAAAUCGAUGUGCUACCUGUCGUAAGAAGGUUGGCCUUACAGGUUUUGAAUGUCGUUGUGGAGGAUUGUUUUGUGCAGUGCAUCGAUACAGCGACAAGCACGACUGUUCGUUCAACUAUCGGGAAAUGGGUGCACAAGAGAUUAGACGUAACAACCCAGUGGUGGUGGGUGAGAAAAUUCAGAAAAUAUGAAGCCCGCCACUGCGAAAGUGCCAUCAUCAUCCUCCCGCAGAGUGACCUGAAUAAAAUAAUAUAAAAAAAAAUAAUAACCCCUUAACCUUUUUAAAAAUAUUACCGUUUUAAAAACGCAAAACCAACAAAAUAAAAACAAACAAAAAAAAUAAAACGAUGAUAAUAAUAAUGAAUUAAAACAAACAAACAAAAAAACUAUUAUGAUAAAUAAAAAGUACGAUUUAAGAGAUUAAUAAUUCGCCAAAACAGAAAAAACCGAGUAAAUAUUUAGAUUAAUAUCUGAUUUGCUGGAAUACAAAGAGAUUUAAUAUGACGACUUAAUAAAAUAAUGAAAAUCGGUUUUUCUAGAUAAAUAAAUAAAGAUUGAAACAGAAAAAAAUCGGAAUAAAAUAGUGGGACGCUCUCGACGGUGCGCUGCUGCUGAUGCUGUGGGUGUGUGAAAAAAAUCUACAUUAUUAUUAUUAUUAUUAUUUCUUUUCUUUUUUUUUUCGUUUUCUUGAUGAUAAUAUAUACAUACACAUAUACAUAUUCGUUCAAUGAUACGGUUUAUUAAUUAGUGUGUAAUAAGAGACGCUACGCGAAAACUACUAAAAAGAAAAAGUGUGUAUAAUCUUCCCCCUUCAAAAAAUCUUUAAUCAGAAUCCUCAUAUAGAUUAUAUAUUUUGUUUCCCCUCUCCCCAACACUUCCUUUUCCAAGCUAAAAAUGAAUCCAGAUAAAACUUAUAAGACAUUGCAAAAGCGAAAAGGAAGGACUUUUUUGAGAGUGAUUUAUUAAUAAUGUGGUGUAGCUGCUGCUGUGUUGAAAUGGAAAAGAAGUGUAUUUUGUUUUUAAUAUUUUUGUCAUUUGCUCUUAUUUGUGAGUGCUGAUGAAAAGAAUUAAAAUAUAUUGUAGUGUCAUUUCCUCCACAACGCCAUCUUUUGACAUAUUUUAGUUAACAUUUUAAACGUUACAAAUUUAAUACUGAUUUUUAGAAAUUUAUUUGACAUAUCAAGUUAUGAAAUUAAAUUAAAUCUUUUUCAUCAACACUCAGUAAUUAUUAUUACAAUUAUCAUUUGUUGUGUACAUAAAAUAGCGUAAGAAAAGUUAUUAAACAAAAAAAAUGAGAAUUAAGAGCUGGUUUCACUCUAAUUUCAGCAACAUUUAAUUUUUAACCUUGUAAAACAUUAAAAUAAAUGGUAAUAAUUUUUAAUCAGCAAGCUGUGAUACAUGAAAAUGAAAAAAAAAUAAAAAAAACAGCUUUAUGGUUAAAAUUGUUUUCUUUUUUCUUUUUUUUAUUAUUAAAAUAACAAAACACAGUUUCGUUAUUUGUUAUUAGCAUUGUAAUUAAUCGCUUCUUUUCAGCUGUCUCUUAAUUGUUUUAUUUUUAGUUUCAUUAAAUUUUUAUCUUCUCUGUGAUUGGAAUUUUGAACGAGUUUUCACUAAGAUUGUUUCCGCUUUUACGUAAAAUAAAUUAAAACAAUUAAAUAUACAUUGUACAUUCUCAGGUGUAAUUUUUAGGAAAAUCUUCAAAGAUAAAUAAAAAAAAAAUUAUAAAAUCAUGACGAAUUGAUUUUAUAAUUUUUCUAUUAACGGAUUUUCCGAUUAUUAACAAAAAAAUUAAAUCGAAAUUUUUGCUGUUUAUAGUUGUACAUCAUUUUAGAAAUUCGAAACAUUAAAAAAUAAAAAAAGGGAUUGUUUUUAUUCACAUAGAAUUCGGUGUUUGUAGACUGAGCCAAAAGACACCUCAAAAAAAUUUAAUUUUAAAAUAAAAACGGUCCUUUCCUGUUUUCUUUAUAAAAUAAUUUUUUUGUGGUUGGGAAGCGUUGUUUUCUCGUUUAGUUUAUUAUUAUAAAUCGCAUAUUUAGAAUAAUUGCCUUUAUUUCUUCUUGUCUUACCUUUUUCCUCUCCCCCUCCGCCCUUAGUUUAAUUAUACACCCUUUUGCAAUAUGUAUCUAUAUUAUUUUUGCUCAAAUUUUAACUAUUAGUUACUUUCAACUUGUUAUAUUAGUACCACUUAUUCUAAUUUAUCCAUAUAAAUAUAUUAAAUACGCUGACAUUU